GUCACGUGACACGCUCACAACCUUCAGACAGACAUGAGGCCCCGGUCUCUGGCCGACCUGCCCUGCGCCCUGGGCCUGCUGCUGGCCCUGGGGCUCUGCAGCCAGGAGCUGGGGGGCCACGCAGCCCUGGACCCCGACUUCCGGGAGCGUUACUUCGACCAGCUCCUAGACCAUUUCAACUUUGAGAGGUUCGGCAACAAGACCUUCCGGCAGCGAUUCCUGGUGUCAGAGAAGUUCUGGAAAAGGGGUGAGGGGCCCCUGUUCUUCUACACGGGCAACGAGGGGGACGUGUGGUCCUUCGCCAACAACUCGGGGUUCAUCCUGGAGCUGGCGGCAGAGCAGGCAGCCCUGGUCGUCUUUGCGGAGCACCGGUACUACGGAAAGUCCCUCCCGUUCGGCGAGCGGUCCACGCAGCGCGGGCACCUGGAGCUGCUGACCGUGGAGCAGGCCCUGGCCGACUUCGCCAGCCUGCUGCAGUGGCUGCGGCAGGACCUCAAGGCCCAGGACAUCCCUGCCAUCGCCUUCGGUGGGAGCUAUGGGGGGAUGCUCAGCGCUUACAUGAGAAUGAAGUACCCCCACCUGGUGGCUGGGGCGCUGGCAGCCAGCGCACCUGUGGUAUCCGUGGCGGGCUUUGGCGACUCCUACCAGUUCUUCCGGGAUGUCUCGGCGGACUUUGAGGGCCAGGGUCCCAAGUGUGCCCAGGGCGUGCGGGAUGCCUUCCAGCAGAUCAAGGACUUGUUCCUACAGGGAGCAUACACCAUGAUCAGCCAGAUGUUUGGCACCUGCAAGCCGCUCUCGGGGUGGAAGGACUUGGUCCAGCUCUUCGGGUUUGCCCGGAACGCCUUCACUGUGCUGGCCAUGAUGGACUACCCGUACCCCACCGACUUCAUAGUGGGCCUUCCUGCCAACCCUGUCAAGGUGGCCUGUGACCGGCUGCUGAAUGAGAACCAGAGAAUCAAGGGACUUGGAGCACUGGUGGGGCUAGUGUACAACUCUACGGGCAUGGAGCCCUGCUUUGAUACCUACCUGCUGUACCAGACCUGUGCAGACCCCACAGGCUGUGGCUUGGGCCCCAAUGCCAAGGCCUGGGACUACCAGGCAUGCACGGAGAUCAACCUGACGUUCUCCAGCAACAACGUGACGGACAUCUUCCCUGAGCUGCUGUUCACGGAGGAGCUGCGCCAGCAGUACUGCCUGGACACAUGGGGCGUGUGGCCCCGGCCCGACUGGCUGCGCACCCUCUUCGGGGGGGCCGACCUCAGAGCUGCCAGCAACAUCAUCUUCUCCAACGGUGACCUGGACCCCUGGGCAGGGGGCGGGAUCCAGAGAAACCUGAGUGCAUCGGUCAUUGCUAUCAGUAUCCAAGGGGGAGCACAUCACCUAGACCUCAGAGCACCCAACCCGGCAGAUCCCAUGUCUGUGCUGGAGGCACGCAAGCUGGAAGCCGCCCUCAUCCGCCAAUGGGUCGCAGAGGCUAGGCGCGAGGUAUGGAUGCGGCGAACACAGCACGGUGUCUCCGAGGCUGAGGUGCGCUCAGCCAGCUAGGACCUGAGGGGACCGAGAGGCACAUCUUAGUGACUCCAGGGUGGGGCCGUGCCUGUGUGAGGCGCCAAAAUGAACAGCUGUGGGGCCUGGCCAAGCCCCGUGGGAAGAGGGCAUGGGCACAGUGGACGCAGUGCCCAGCCUUCCCAAUCAGCAACAAUAAAACCACC